AUCACGUGGUGUGAUAGAGGAUUAGCAGUAUCCUUUUGUUCAUUUCAUUCCUGCAUCAUGAUCAAAAGAUAGUUUACCUUUGCUACUUGCUAUACUCCUUACUAUGUUAUGAUUAAAGCUCCACAUAGAGUAUGAUUACAAAAAGUCUUUGAAACAUGUCUCGCGUUCAAAGCAAAAGCAAAUUACAUUGCAAAUAAAAUGUGAUUACAAGCCCUCUUUGAAACCUAUAAGAGAGAAAGAAGAUCCAGGGGACUAGGUUCGAAUUUACUCCAACCAAAAGGACAUGGAGUAUGUCACAGCUUCUAAUAUUAGCCCUGUUUUAAAACCCAGUCUCACCAGUUACACGAUUUACCCUAUUUCUCUUCCACCUUUCUAUCCCUGAGCUACGCGAGGUUCUGCCAGUUCUUCAAUACACGUAUUUCUAUCCUCAGGGAGUUUUAUGAAUCGGGUUUCAACACCGUAUUGAGUGAACUAGGAUUAAUUGCCACUGGUAUCCUAAAAAGUAAAGUUUGCCUCGUUCAAGGUAGUGUAUUAUUUGUGGUGUGUUGUUAGCAUCUUCGGUCGUUUCAGGGCGAUUCUAGACUUUCCAAAAGUCCUUCGUCACUUCGCGGACAAACAAGGCUCGCUCCGCUCGCCAAGAGGUCGACUUGUAGCAAGUCUAGGGCAAUUCCAGCGAGUUUCAAUUCUGCAGUUCUCUGUAAUUGAAACUUCAAUUUUUUUUUAAUAGUAUAAAAGUUGUUAACUAGCCUAUUGGCCUGCUAGGCCUCAGCUGACAAACUGCUCCAUGAGACAACACCCUGAGGUCGGAAACUCUCUGUAAAGAGUCUUGGCAUAGAAUGAAAAUAUUUUUGGUGCGGGCCCCGAAGAUUAUGUCUACGAAUGAUAUUCAAGUUUGCAAAUUCCACAAGGAUGAUUCGAGUGCUUGUUUAUCCUGUGGUUUAAACUCGUCUGUGAACGAGGCUUAUCCAGUCGAGGUCGCAGAGAAUCUGAGCAGAUCUGACAUCUCACCCGGAUCCACAUAUUAUAAAUGCAAUAGUUGCAAUUUUUCAGGUUUUUCACUAAGUCCAGCACCAAAAUCCCCAGACGCAACUCCACAAUAAUCGGGAUAAGACAUCGUAUCGGGAUAAGGCGGGAUCGUGAAUCAACAAUUUGUAACUUGUUACGAGAAUUCUUUCAGGACAUUUUGGCUUCAGUUCCCCAAGCUAGGGCGACAAAUGCUAUUGUAGCUUUAUUGUUGAUCUCUUAAAUAUGAAAAAAAAGGUACUGCUUACUACGUUAUUUGGCGUGAGCGCCGAUGUGAAUUGAGCCAUUGUUUCACAUUGCUAGCUUAGGUUAUGAAUUAGGGAUGAGAACAACUCUUUAGGGUUUCUAGACACCUAGGCAAGGUUAGUGUCAUUGGAGUUCAAAAUUUCUAGAAAGGGAUAGUUAGUUACAAUAUGGCAAGUCAUUGAUACAUAAAAGGAAUAUCAGGGAUCCGAAGAUAGAGCCCUGAGGCGCCCCGAAACGUACACAAGUUCUUCCAGAUUUGACGCUGGUUAUCGCUGUAGUCUUUGUUUUAUUAAAUUUUCUGUUUCUGAAGAGGUUUAAGUUCGAAUACCCUUUUCAGCUUGAUAAACAGAAUGGUGUUUGUUAAAUCCUUUCUCGUUAUCUAAGGUGCCAAAUGCCGUUGAUAUGUCGACAAGAGCUCUCAAAGUAAAGUAUUGAGAGAAUUAGAGACUGUAGCUAUAAGUAAACUUAUUUGAUGCCUUGGAAACUAAAGAAAGCUGGGAUACUGUUGAGGCCAUUUCAGUGACAGAAGAAAGGAGAAAUGGCUUGACUUUGGGUUUUCGUUAGUAACACAUAAUGUGAAAGUCAGGAUCAGACAGGUUAGACCUGAUCCUGUAAUUAAUUACAUUCUGAUUGUACAUGGUGACACCUCCAGCUUCUCUUUAUAAGGGGCGUAGCCAGAAUAAGUUCCGGAGGUACGCACAAUUUUCCCCCUCCCCCAGUAAAUCAAUAGAUCCCUCGUCGUUUCCAAGUUUUCUCUCCAUCCAGUUCUUUCUUAACAGUAAGACGUGGGAGAAUCAUAUAGGAGACGGAUGUGCAUGCAGGCCCAUGUUCCUAGGGAAAAUGUCAGCUGAAAUAUGAUAUUUAGGCGGUUUGAAACAGCUAGAAAUGCGUCUAAAAUUAGCAUUCUUCUUACAGAUACUGGGGAAAAUUUCAAGUUACUCAUGAUCAAAAACUUACUUAGCCUUUUUAGCCCCUCAUGAGGGUUAGUUUUGUUUAACGGAAAUAUUGGGAAAAUAAAUUACCCAUCCUACGCUGUCCGAUCAGCCUUGACUUUAAUUCAUAGGAACUCACUGAACAGGUCCACUAGUUGAUAUUCAGUUAGAACAAACAUAAGAAGUACUUAAUUUAUAAUGAAACUUCAUACCUUAACAAUGUCAAAAGAUCGAAACGGAAAACACCACUUUGAUGGAGCUCAGAAAGCUGGCAACAGACAUGGACAACAAGGUAUCUGGGUUUGUUUCUAUAAUAAGCAUUUCGCUUUGAUUUAACGAUGAAAAUAGCUUUUCAUGCUGCACUGAUAUUGCAAGUUGACUCCAAUAAAAGCCGAGAUUCCAUCGGUACCAGAAUCCGUCAACUAAGGGCUCCGCCUUUAAAAGCAAUUUUACUAACAGUUCGCGUUACGUUUAAAUUACCCUGUACUAAGUUCAUAAAAUGGUUGCUAAGCAAUCAACCCAUGAAAAUCAGGCAUUAUAUUCAAUUAUUGUUUAUUCAAAAAGUUUCUUCUUUUCUGAUUGGCUCAAAUUCCGCGGCUUAUUCUUCAUAAUCAGCUGGCGUUGACCAAAUUUGGAAGAAGUACUACAGCCUAAUUGCCAGAAAAUAGACUGAAAACCGGGAAGCCUUUGAUCGAGAUUGUGUUGUUUUGGUGGAGAAUUACAAAACGACGGAAACUUUUUCACGUUUCGCAAAGAAAAAAUAGCUGAACUAUUGCCUAAAAUCAUAGCAAGAAUGGAGAAGAUCUGCAGAAUUCAUGAUCUGCAGAACUGAACAUCCCUCUAUAUCCUGAACUUGUCGAGAAACAGGCAACUGAGACAACUGAAGACGGUCCGCCUCGGCUAACCCCCUUCAAAUCAUACUCAGCUUCAUUUAAUAAUUGUUAAUUAACACACUAAUCAUCCAACAAAGAGGUUCCAAAAUUUCGCCCACAGCACGAGGUUUGAAUAUUGAUACAAAACGUACUGGACCCGAAAACUUGGAUCAAAUUACCAGACACGAGAUAGAGACGAGAAACUUUAAUUAACGGUAUUUCCUCUUUCAGCCCUCUGGGCAUUUUCUGUUUUAGUUCUUCUGAACUGGUGGCCAGUCAGGGAGGGAGGUUGCUCAUUAGUAAUUGGGGUUUAAUGAAUUACUUUGUUUUUUGGGGGGGAAGGGGCAGGGGAGAAAAUUCAUAAUUCUAUAUACACUAUUCAUAGUUUUUUACUGCUAAGAGAAUAGGAGAAUGAAACACUCGCAUAGUAGUUAAUUGUCAGUUUAUGGGUCGAAAAGCUGAACCGUUUCAAUAUAUAUGUAUACAGUUAAAAUCUCUCAGUUUGUUAAACCGGCGUCUAUUACUGACUUGAUUCAGUAAUAUGGUACUCAUAAACAAGUAUCUCAUCGUUAUCACAAUUUUAAAAUGAGAGUCGCCAUUGGUGAGAAAAGGUUGACUCUAUCGCACCUUUCCUUGUUUGAGUGACUUCGUUGUUUUCGGAAACGUAACUGAGUGAUACCAUUAUUUUUUUCUCGCGUGCCCCGAAAUCACUGUGGAGAAUGGAUUGCCUAAACUUGGUUAUUUGCUGAUGACUCUUAAAUACGAUUGAGGGUUUUUUCUUGAUAUAAUAAGACACACGGAAUAAAGUCAAAAUCACUUCACUCUAUGGCACGCUUCGGUAGCCAAACUGAUUGUGGCUCCUUUUUCGUGAGACAAAGCUGGCUCGACAGGGCGCAAAUUUAGAACGGCUUCAAGUAAAAAAUACGUGCUUUUGCUCGUUUGAUUCUAAUUUUGUAGAAGUAGUUUCAAGGUUAUACCAAGAACUAAUCUGUAAAAAUGUUUCGCGUGCUGUUGCUUGGUUUAAAAGCUGAGCGGGACUCGCGGGUUGAAAACAAAGCGUUUAGUAAGACAAUAAAGUGAAAAGGCGCUAAUUUGAGCACUUUAAGGAAAAUAGCUGGGUGGGUUGGCUUAGUUUUAUUUCAUCGACGCAGUCGAUGUAGAAACUACAUGCACUGCGGGGUAUAGUAGUGCUUUUUAACCGGCGGGAGUCGAGGUUAACGUUAAUUUUUCGUGGUCCUAGUCUAAUACGGCUUUCUUUGAUAGUGAUGUUAAACUUUUCACUUCGGUAUUCAACUUUUGCACUGGCUCUUUCUUCAGCUUGUAACAUGGAAAUCUAGCACGUUCUUUUUAGGUCUUAGCUUUGUCAGUUAUUUGAGCCUUAAAACUUGUUUACUCAUUUGAAGCGCUGAGAUUUCGGGAGGAGCCUUUAUAAAAAAUAGCCUCACCCCUCUCCUGUUAGAUCAUUUCUACGGUAUAUUUUCUUCACACCCUACUCCCCUAAGUCAGCACUUGUUACGCUACGGUGGCUUACGAAGAUUUGAAUUUCGCGGUCGAUGAUCUGGCUAGGCAUCGGUAAUCGCAACCUUUGUUUCUCGAAUAAUAGAGGCACUUUACCUUAAACAAUAAAAAAGACCAUAAAAGACGCGAAAGUCUCUCGUCAUUGUUAACCCAAAAUUGCACAUAGUUGACACAGCACGCUUCGUUUGCAAGCCAAAAGCCGGCUAACAAAUAACAUGUUUUAAAGGCAUCUCAACCACUUAGCCGUGAGAAAUUUAUAACAUCUUUGAUAGGAUAAACAUUUUUUGUGCGAAAAUAUUCGGAAUUCUAGCUCAAUUGUAGCUAAAAUCGGCAAAAAGGCAUUAGUGACGCGGCGUUGUAAUUCCUUGUCACUAUUUUUAGAAUGUUUAUUGAUGACACCUCAGAAAAAAAGAGGAUUAAAAAAAUCAUUACCCUGAAUCUGAAUAUGAGUCAGCUGGUGAAGUUGUACUUGGAAGAUUAGUUUGUUAUUGCUGGUUCACACUGACAGGGUUUUGUGCAGGGAGUAAGAAGCUAGGGUGUUGAAACGAGCGGGGUCCAGCGAUCUAUAUGUGAUGCAAGGGUCUGCGUACUACCAAAGAGACAAAACAAGAUGGCGGACAUUAUACUGGACCGUCAGAGAGAUUAUUCAGCGAACGUUAGCCAUUAUUCUGUGGAAUUCAUUUGCUGCAAGCAAUAGCGAAAGAACAAAUUAUUUUUUCUCUCGUUCGUUUUCUGUUUUGUUCAAUUUUUCCACCUCCGUGACCUGUAUUAAAAUUUCUUGACUUGGUAAGAAAAUGCAUCACAACUCAGAUGAUAGCUCUGACAUCAUUUUUAGACUAAUAUUAUCGGUUCUACUUCAGUUUAAUAUCAAGUUGUGUAAUUCAUCAUCUGCUAUGGCAUUUAUUUUUUGCUGCCCAGUUUCAAGGCCAGAUGAUCUGUUUUCACUAUUAAAGUUUGGAUUUGUUGGUGUACAUCAGUAUUCUUCUCUAACAUACAAAUUCAAAAGUAUAUUGCAAACAAGAAAAUUAUACAGAAUUAUGCACAAAUGAAAUACAAAUGGCCUGUAACAGCUAUUAAACCAUUGAAAAACAAACUUUUUAGUGUGACCAGCAACCCUAGCACACUUGUAUACUUCAUGCCCAGUAUGAUUCAAUUGCAUUCUUGGUUAAAUCUGCAGCCAGGCUUAAUCAAACUUGAUUCAAAAAAUACUUUCCUGUUUCCUUGUCUACAAUAUAUAAUAUUAAGAGAGAGGAUAUAAUGCUAGAAAUAUUAUACAGUAGUACAAUCAAAAGAUAAGGCACCUCCGGGAAAUCAAGUUGGUCCCUAUAAGAGUUACACCUGUCCAUUAAUACAGACAUUUUGUGCCAGUCUCAAUAGUUUCCAUCUGAGAGCUGACGGUAGUUUGUGCAACACCACACUUAAGCCUCUGACGACAAAAAUACAAAUGUUACACAGUCUUAAUUUAUUCUACUUGCAAUCAAAUUAAGACCUCUUCAUGUUCUUCUUCAAAUUCACGGAAUUAUAAACUCGUUUAUCUUUCAGUGUGUGCCGGGUCUAGUAGUCUUUUCAGGCCGGGCACCCACUGUUGUCCUGCAAAAAACCAUAAUAACAAACACAUUCUAUGAUUUAAUUUUACAGUGGAAUCUUUGUGGGGAUUUGAAAGCAGAUUUCUCCAUAGGCUUCAUACUGUUUCUGUGCAAUACAACCUUUAGAUUUAUACCGCAGUGAAGCAGAAUUUGUUGUUGUUUAUGUAAAGACAGUCACACGAGAUCAUUCGAAUGCAAUUUUCUAGUAGAGCUUCAAAAAUAGUCAGAACCUUCUUGGAUCGCGGUUCUGUAAAUAAAAGAAUAUUAUUUACCUUCUUAGUGUAUAUUAAAAAAAGAAAAAUCGCUAAAUUGGGCAACUGAAAUCUUUUAUUUUACUAACAAGCUAAACGCCAACGUACAAAACAAAAACCUUGCUAUCGCCAUUAUGAAGUCGUCACUUCAGAAGUAAAAAAACCUUAAAGGUUCAUAAAAGUUCACUCUAAAAAUUUGCAUGCACAAACAAAAUUUAUAAAACCAUAACAUAUUUUUUUUGUAGCCGUUUAUUAUCAUUUGGUUUUGACUGGCAAUAUAAAACGCGACCUUCAACCUGUAAUAUUCGAUAGGCAAUUUUGAUACUACAUAAACAUAAAAGGCGAAAAAACACCUUAACUUAUAAGACUAACUAUAAAAUAUCACCUAAAUAUUUUCUGUAUAUCGCAUAGAAAUACGCCAAAUAUCAAAUCUCAUCAUAGAUUGCAGCGAUCUAAAGAUAUAAAGCAAUAAAUCCGAACCUACCUCCAGCUAGACCGCGCCAUUUUUCUUGCCCUGACAGCGGAUCGAGAGCGGAAAGGCCAACUAGUUCCAGUCCUACUCCGCAUCACAGCUGAACCAGAGAGCGCGUAUGAGCGUUUCAACGCCCUAGCUUCUUACGCCCUGGUUGUGUGUUUCGGGGUAACUGCCUGUCAUUGGGUUUACUGUGAAAAUAGUUUGAUGUACUGCUGCAUCAUGUAAUAAUAUCUCAGUACGUUUCAAGAUCUUCCUGCCUGCAACUGAAGGUAUUCUGUUGGAUAAUGUUCAAAAAGUAGUGUUAUGUGUGAAUUUUGUUAUCAUUGAGUGGAAAGCAUCACACAUGGCAUAUUGAGCGAUAGUCACCCAUGCUAAUACAGGGCGACAGAAUUUCAUUAAUUGAUAGCGUUGUUCCAUUUUUGUUUAUCACCAGAUCAUUGCAAACAUGACGCAAAGUGGAAUCGGAGCAGCAAGUGAGACUGAUGUUGCGGCACUUAGUUCAGGGCAAUCAUUGGACUUUGAUGACGACACAUUGAAAGGUAAAGACAUUCACUACUGUUAUUAGUUGAUCACCAAAAUGAGCUUUGACAUAGCAAGGACGAAUGAAAUUAAAACUAUAGACAAGAACAUCACGGUGACUGGAAAAGAUAAAAUAAAUGGAUGCGCUAUUUUAAACGGGUAUCAUCAGCUACAACAGAAUUUAAGCUAAUUAAAUUGGCUGGAAUUGUAAAAGCAAUAUUUACACAGAACUAGCAAGUAAUUGCGUAAGAACCACAAACAGUGGAUUAGAUUAUUCUAGGAGCAGGCUUAUCUUGCGAUUCACAUAUGCAGAGAAUUAGCUCUUUGUCUGCACGAUUCACAUAUUCCUAGGAGACUCCAAAAAGAUCUCAACGCACAUCUUAUUCAGUUCAAUGCUUUCACGUCCCUUUUGUGUAGUAUUUUCUAAGGAUACAAAUCAUGUACGACUCCCUUUUUGGGAUGUUAAACAGAAAAUUUAGUCACAUAUCACUGUUGCUACGUAGUGACCAUCUUCACUUCAUGGAAUUAAAAUAGACUGACAAAACCUAGUAGGAAAUAAUCUUGCUUUCUAGAAAUAAGUGUCAAGCAAAACUUUGCAAACCUUGGUAUUGACAGCGCUACCCAAAUUAAACCCUGACGGGAGGAGUUGGUAACUAGAUGGGAGAUCAGCAGCCAUAUUCUGUCCUGAACCGCAUACUUUCAUUCUCUUCCUUUUUCUAUUUUUUAUUUCAUUUCAUUGAACAUCCUAUUUCUAUAACUAAUGUCAUGGUUUACGCUAUUCAUAAGGUAACUAUUAACACCCAAAGCAAUAGCGCUCAGGUUUAACGACAUUUCAAUCUGCUUCGUUGUCAGCUAUGGCAGAAGUUUACAAGACUGAAGGUAAUGAAGCGUACUUAAAGGAAGAUUACAGCAACGCCAUUUACUUGUAUACUGAGGGAAUAAAAGUAAACUGCAAGGACCAGGACCUGAAGGCUAAGCUGUACAGCAACAGAGCAUAUGCAAACCUUCGUAUUGGUGAGACUAUUUGUACUUUUGCAAAGAGUGAUGUGGCAAGGUGGGGGGGGGGGGGUCAUGGGAAGGCGGAGUAGCCGAGUGGUAAGACAGAGGUACUGGAUUUGAAUAAGUAAAAGUUUGUUUGAAAUUUCGUAGUCCGCAGAGAAAGGCAUUUCUUUAAAAAUGUGAUGAUGACCAAAUAUUCUAUAUAUUUUUACCGAAUUGCUGAUCUCGUCAGGGAACUAUUUGGGAACUGUCCAAUCGAAGUAGAUGUCAGUGAUUGACACAUGAUUACAGGGCCGUGGCUAGGUUUUUUGUAACGGGGGGCAUUAUCGCGAGUACAGAAGGCACGAGGCUUGUGUUGGGGUAUGGGAGUAUCGUCCCCCAGAAAAUUUUCAUAUUUGAAGGCUCCGAAACGUAAUUUUCAGUACUUGUCAUGAGAUAUGUCUCCAAAAAAUCGACCUCGAAUAUGAAAAUGGCAAACAAUUUUUUCAAGUCACGAUAUAUAACCAAAAUAACUGAGUCUAAAGAAAAUAGCUCCAUCCACAGACUUGAUGUGUCUGGCUUAACAGGUCCGGGGGGAGCUGCCCCCCCCCCCUUGCCCCCUCGCUAGCUACGGCUCUAGAUUAUAUACUUAAUAAUGAACAAUUGCGGUUUUAACUUUCAGAAUCUAAGUAUAAAAAAGGUUCAAACAAACGGGUCGUUCUUGCGGGCGUUCCCUUCCAUCAUGUUGCCACGCGCCUUUAUUCUCCCGCCCUUCCCCUCCCCCAUCGCAUGCCUGUCAUGCAUGCAUUAGCUGACGCAGUUAAGUGAACUACUCGCGAAAGAAGUUUUCUUUUUCCAGUGUAAAUGAUUUUUCAUCCUGAAGUUUUUUUUUUAAAUGUAAUGUCUUACUAAUAGAAAGCAUUACGCAUUAUCUGAUUAAUUCACUCAGGAACCUAUGAUCCGUAUGGGCUCCUGAUUCACUACAUUCUGUUUUGGACUUGCUUUAACAAGGUCAUCCUGUACUUGCCACCUUUUGUUUAUCGUACGUGCUUUGAAUUCUGAUUGGCUCGCUGCGUUUGCUGUGUGUGACAUUUUUGCUUUUGUUUUUCAACAUUCCUAGGAAAUUACAUUAAUUCACUGGAGGACGCAAAAGUAGCCAUGGACAUGCGACCACUGUCAGUGAAACCAAUAAUAGCAGGUAAUUCCAAAGAUUUAGUACUUUGUCCUUAAGAGGCAAAAAGAGUUUAUGACGUGCUGAAAGCGUUUGAAUUUAACCACAUUCUAACUCAAAACCAUAACCGGCGUUCUUUGAUCAUUUACCUUAAUUUUUUCAAACUUUUGGAAACUAUGCAAGAAUAAAAUUGAAGCUUAGAAUUGGGAUCAAUAACUGAAUUCACAAAGUCACAUCAUUUCUAUCACAGGCCUCUCGAGACUACAAAAACAGAACUGACUUGAUCAACUGGAAAUCAGCAAUCACCCUUCAUUGUCCUUUUGCGAUGUUGGCUGAUUAUGACAGUGGCGGUCAUGAUCAAGUUUUCUAUGUUUAACAUUUCAGUUAUAAUUUCUGCUGAUCCCUCUAAGCGCUGUUUCGAUAGAAUGGAAGAAAGGGAGCAGGCUUGUGUCGCUGAAUAUUCUAGGUUUACUGAUUUACACUAUUUUCACUAAUUCAGGAGCGAAAGUUUUAACAAGAUUGAAUCUGUUUAAGCUGGCGAUCAUGUGGUGUGAUAGAGGAUUAGCAGUAUCCUUUUGUUCAUUGCAUGCCUGCAUCAUGAUCAAAAGAUAGUUUACCUUUGCUACUUGUUAUACUCCUUACUAUGUUAUGAUUAACGUUCCACAUAGAGUACGAUUACAAAACGUCUUUGAAACAUGUCUCGCGUUCAAAGCAAAAACAAAUUACAUUGCAAAUAAAAUGUGAUUACAAGCCCUCUUUGAAACCUAUAAGAGAGAAAGAAGAUCCAGGGGAUUAGGUUCGAAUUUUCUCCAACCAAAAGGACAUGGAGUAUGUCUCAGCUUCCAAUAUUAGAGCCUCAGUGUGUUAAAACCCAGUCUCACCAGUUACACGAUUUACCCUAUUUCUCUUCCACCUUUCUAUCCCUGAGCUACGAGAGGUUCUGCCAGUUCUUCAAUACACGUAUUUCUAGCCUCAGGGAGUUUUAUGAAUGGUUUCAACACCGUAUUGAGUGAACUAGUAUUAAUUGCCACUGGUAUCCUAAAAGGUAAAAUUGGUAAUACUCCUCAUAUUGUAAGCAUAAUUUACACACAACGACAACAACAACAACUUCUGCAGUUCUGCAGUUGUUCUCUCUAAUUGAAACUUCUAGUUUUUUUAAUAGUAUAAAAGUUGUUAACUGGCCUAUUGGCCUGCUAGGCCUCAGCUGACAAACUGUUCCAUGGGAUAGCACCCUGAUAUCGGAAACUCUCCGUAAAGAGUCUUGGCAUAGAAUGGAAAUAUCAAGAUUAUGUCUACGAAUGAUAUUCAUGUUUGCAAAUUCCACAAGGAUGAUUCGAGUACUUGUUUAUCCUGUGGUUUAGACUCGUCUUUGAACGAGGCUUAUCCAGUCGAGGUCGCGGAGAAUCUGAGCAGAUCUGACAUUUCGGAUCCACAUAUUAUAAAUGCAAUUGUUACAAUUUUUCAGGUUUGUGACUAAGUCCAGCACCAAUAUCCCCACACGCAACUCCGCAAUAAUCGGGAUAAGACAUCAUAUCGGGAUAAGGCGGGAUCAUGAAUCAACAAUUUGUAACUUGUUACGAGAAUUCUUUCAGGACAUUUUGGCUUCAGUUCCCCAAGCUAGGGCCGCAAAUGCUAUUGUAGCUUUAUUGUUGAUCUCUUAAAUAUGAAAAAAAAGGUACUGCUUAUUACGUUAUUUGGCGUGGGUGCCGAUGUGAAUUGAGCCAUUGUUUCACAUUGCUAGCUUAGGUUAUGAAUAAGGGAUGAGAACAACUCUUUAGGGUUUCUAGACGCCUAAGCAAGGUUAGUGUCAUUGGAGUUCAAAAUUUCUAGAAAGGGAUAGUUAGUUACAAUAUGGCAAGUCAUUGAUACAUAAAAGGAAUAUCAGGGAUCCGAAGAUAGAGCCCUGAGGCGCCCCGAAACGUACACAAGUUCUUCCAGAUUUGACGCUUGUUAUCGCUGUAAUCUUUGUUUUUUUAAAUUUUCUGUUUCUGAAGAGGUUUAAGUUCGAAUACCCUUUUCAGCUUGAUAAACAGAAUGGUGUUUGUUAAAUCCUUUCUCGUUAUCUAAGGUGCCAAAUGCCGUUGAUACGUCGACAAGAGCUCUCAAAGUAAAGUAUUGAGAGAAUUAGAGACUGUAGCUAUAAGUAAACUUAUUUGAUGCCUUGGAAACUAAAGAAAGCUGGGAUACUGUUGAGGCCAUUUCAGUGAGAGAAGAAAGAAGAAAUGGCUUGACUUUGGGUUUUUGUUAGUAACACAUAAUGUGAAAGUCAGGAUCAGACAGGUUAGACCUGAUCCUGUAAUUAAUUACAUUCUGAUUGUACAUGGUAACACCUCCAGCUCCUCUUUAUAAGGGGCGUAGCCAGAAUAAGUUCCGGAGGUACGCACAAUUUCCCCCCUCCCCCAGUAAAUCAAUAGAUCCCUCGUCGUUUCCAAGUUUGCUCUCUAUCCAGUUCUUUCUUAACAGUAAGACGUGGGAUGAAUCAUAUAGGAGACGGAUGUGCAUGCAGGCCCAUGUUCCCAGAGAAAAUGUCAGCUGAAAUAUGAUAUUUAGGCGGUUUGAAACAGCUAGAAAUGCGUCUAAAAUUAGCAUUCUUCUCACAGAUCCUGGGGAAAAAAAUUUCAAGUUACUCAUGAUGAACAACUUUCUUAGCCUUUUUAGCCCCUCAUGAGGGUUAGUUUUGUUGAACGGAAAUAUUGGGAAAAUAAAUUGCCCAUCCUACGCUGUCCGAUCAGCCUUGACUUUAAUUCAUAGGAACUCACUGAACAGGUCCACUACUUGAUAUUCAGUUAGAACAAACAUAAGAAGUACUUAAUUUAUAAUGAAACUUCAUACCUUAACAAUGUCAAAAGAUCGAAACGGAAAACACCGGUUUGAUGGAGCUCAGAAAGCUGGCAACAGACAUGGACAACGAGGUAUCUUGGUUUGUUUGUAUAAUAAGCAUUUCGCUUUGAUUUAACGAUGAAAAUAGCUUCUCAUGCUGCACUGAUAUUGCAAACUGACUCUAAUAAAAGCCGAGAUGCAAUCGGUACCACAAUCCGUCAACUAAGGGCUCCGCCUUUAAAGCAAUUUUACUAACAGUUCGUGUUACGUUCAAAUUACCCUGUACUAAGUUCAUAAAAUGGUUGCUAAGCAAUCAACCCAAAAAUCAGGAAAAUGAGGCAUUAUAUUCAAUUAUUGUUUAUUCAAAAAGUUUCUUCUUUUCUGAUUGGCUCAAAUCCCGCGGCUUAUUCUUCAUAAUCAGCUGGCGUUGACCAAAUUUGGAAGAAGUACUACAGCCUUAUUGCCAGUAAAUAAACUGCAAAUCGGGAAGCCGUUGAUCGAGAUUGUGUUGUUUUGGUGGAGAAUUACAAAACGACGGAACAUUUUUCACGUUUCGCAAAGAAAAAAAAAGCUGAACUAUUGCCUAAAAUCAUAGCAAGAAUGGAGAAUAUCUGCAGAACUCAUGAUCUGCAGAACGAGACAUCCUUCUAUAUACCGAACGUGUCGAGAAACAGGCAACUGAGACAACUGAAGACGCUCCUCCUCGGCUAACACCCUUCAAAUCAUAUUCAGCCUCAUUUGAUAAUUAACAAUUAAUGAAUGAGACUGAGUAUCUUAUGAAGAAUUAUGGAGAUCGAGGAGGGUGUCAUAGGCCGAGGCGGAUAACACCCUCCAAGAUCUCCAUAAUUCUUCAUACGAUAUGAAAGCCGAAUUCAAUAAUUGUUUUAUUAUUCAUUCAAAAUUAUUCCUAGUUUAAAAACAUGGCUAAAACAUGCUUACCUCCAUCGAUCCAUCGAUGUUAAGUUCAUUUUCGAUAGUGCACGGUCAGGUUUUUCCAGCUCCGCAAAUAUUCUCUAAAUAGCAGAUGUCGUCCUUCGAGUUGUCUUCUUGCUGUUCUUGGCAUGUUUCUAGCUAUUUUUUCGCCUAGUUCUUACUCUUGAAACGAGUGAAAUGUCCGCCAUUUUUCAAGUUCACAAUCAAAACAACUCAACCUCGUCCCCACGUCUUCUCGGUUAACGGUGCCUUAACCUGCGAAAACGCUGACGUCAUUUCCUCGUUAAACACACAAUUCUUCCAAAUUUGGUCAUCAGUAACUGGUUAUGGUGAAUUAAACGUGUGCUUUUAGCCAAUCAGAAUCGGGAAAAUAUUUUGAAUGAAUAAUAAUUGUUAAUUAACACACUAAUCAUCCAACAAAGAGGUUCCAAAAUUUCACCCACAGCACGAGGUUUGAAUAUUGAUACAAAACGUACUGGACCCGAAAACUUGGAUCAAAUUACCAGACACGAGAUAGAGACGAGAGACUUUAAUUAACGGUAUUUCCUCUUUUCGUCCUCUGGGCAUUCUCUGUUUUAGUUCUUCUGAACUGGUGGCCAGUCAGGGAGGGAGGUUGCUCAUUAGUAAUUGGGGGUUAAUGAAUUACUCUGUUUUUUGGGGGAGGGGGAGGGGAGAAAAAUUCAUAAUUCUAUAUACAGUAUUCAUAGUUUUUUACUGCUAAGAGAAUAGGAGAAUGAAACACUCACAUAGUAGUUAAUUAUCAGUUUAUGGGUCUAAAAGCUGAACCGUUUCAAUAUGUAUACAGUUCAAAUCUCUCAGUUUGUUAAACCGGCGUCUAUCACUGACUUUAUUCAGUAAUAUGGUACUCAUAAACAAGUAUCUCAUCGUUAUCACAAUUUUAAAAUAAGAGUCGGCAUUGGUGUGAAAAGGUUGACUUUGUCGCAUUUAUCCUUGUUUUCUGUGACUUCAUUGUUUUCCGAAACGUAACUGAGUAAUACCAUUAUUUUUUUCUCGCGUGCCCCGAAAUCACUGUGGAGAAUGGAUUGCCUAAACUUGGUUAUUUGCUGAUGACUCUUAAUAUAAAUACGAUUGAGGGUUUUUUCUUGAUGUAAUACAAGACACACGGAAUAAAGUCUAAAAUCACUUCACUCUAUGGCACGCGUCGGUAGCCAAACUGAUUGUCGCACCUUUUUCGUGAGACAAAGCUGGCUCGACAGGGCGCAAAUUUACAACGGCUUCAAGUAAAAAAUACGUGCUUUUGCUCGUUUGAUUCUAAUUUUGUAGAAGUAGUUUCAAGGUCAUACCAAAACUAAUCUGUAAAAAUGUUUCGCGUGCUGUUGCUUGGUUUAAAAGCUGAGCGGGACUCGCUGGUUGAAGACAAAGCGUUUAAUAAGACAAUAACGUGAAAAGGCGCUAAUUUGAGCACUUUAGGGAAAAUAGCUGGGUGGGUUGGCUUAGUUUUAUUUCAUCGACGCAGUCGACGUAGAAACUACGUGCACUGCGGGGUCGUGCUUUUUAACGUUCAGAUUUUGUUAAGUGGCCCGCCGAAGUUAACGUUAAUUUUUCGUAGUCCCAGUCUAAUACGGCUUUCUUUGAUAGUGAUGUUAAACUUUUCACUUCGGUAUUCAACUUUUGCACUGGCUCUUUCCUCAGCUUGUAACAUGGAAAUCUAGCACGUUCUUUUUAGGUCUUCACUUUGUCAGUUAUUUGGGCCUUAAAACUUGUUUACUCAUUUGAAGCGCUGAGAUUUCGGGAGGAGUCUUUAUAAAAAAUAGCCUCACCCCUCUCCUGCUAGAUCAUUUCUACGGUAUAUUUUCUUCACACCCUACUCCCCUAAGUCAGCACUUGUUACGCUACGGUGGCUUACGAAGAUUUAAAUUUCGCUGUCGAUGAUCUGGCUACGCAUCGGUAAUCGCAACCUUUGUUUCUCGAAUAAUAGAGGCACUUUACCUUAAACAAUAAAAAAGACCAUAAAAGGUGCGAAAGUCUCUGUCAUUGUUAACCCCAAAUUACACAUAGUUGACACAGCGCGCUUCGUUUGCAAGCCAAAAGCCGGCUAACAAAUAACAUGUUUUAACGGCAUCUCAACCACUUAGCCGUGAGAAAUUGACAACAUCUUUGAUAGGACAAACAUUUUUUGUGCGAAAAUAUUCGGAAUUCUAGCUCAAUUGUGGCUAAAAUCGGCAAAAAGGCGUGCAUUACGGAGAUCCGUCUAGUUCGACGGUUUCGUUGUAACUGAGCUUCCUGAUAAUUCGCCCCAUGAUCCUUUGCGAACUGCUGUCCAAUUUCCUCUGAUCCAUUUCUAACUCUGAACGCUAUUCUCAUAGUGUGUCGAUCAUUCAACAUGUCUGUAAGCGUUCAACUAUUUUUUUUUAAUGUAAGUCUAGACGAUAAGAUGUAAGCGACCAAAGUUUCGCUCCCCGUUGCAUCCUGGGUAGAUCGACGAAAUGUUGGUUCUGUUAUUGACGAACGUUUUGAUCAGCCGAAUUUUAAAGCGCAUAAGAACUUGGAAAGUGUUCUUGUAAAAACUUUCUUAAUGACGACGAUUUUUCUUUUCAAAUUAAGUUAAUAAAAGAAAAUCAUGCAGAAGACAUCAAGUACUAUUAUCUUCUUCCCCAGUUGGAGAUAUUCAAGGUUCUGAUGAAGGGCAAACAAAUCGAAAGUUUUUCAGAUAUUUUACAGUAAAUGAAGUGAAUAGGCAGCAGAGCCUUGCUUGAGCGUGCCAUGAUUGUUGUGGUUGUACAAAUCUGCAAACUAGCUUCUCCACGUCAAUCCAGCCGCUGCAGCCCGGGGGGGGGGUGACUCCGCAUAUGAAAGGGGUGGUGAUGCUCGUCGUCUCGCUUAGGGGUGUCGUCUCGCUUAGGGUGUUCUGGGCAAAACCCCAUCAUAUUUAGCCGUGAAGGUCCCGUUUAGGGUUGCACGCGAAAAAAUAUAAAAAUAUAUAUAUUGUCUGUGUCUUAACAUGGUGUCUUUUAGGGGUCAAGAAAAGUUUGGGCCACGCCCAGAUUGGUCUCCUUUAGGGGUUUAAAUCAAAAUUUCUGACGAACAUCCCCACCCCUUUCAUAUGCGGAUUUCCCCCCCCCCGGGCGCUGCAGCAACAGGCGAAAGAUCAUUUUAGUUUUCUGUGGCGCGCGGAGUCAAAACCUGACUGCGAGCUAAGAUGACCCAGCAGAGAUUUAAGAUUGGUGUAAUCUUAAUUAUUUAUAAGACAAAAACUGACACUGUGUGACUUGCUGAUGUGGCUAAAGAAUUUGUCAGUCGAAAUUAUAACUGCAAACGUAACUUUGGAACAUUUAUAUACUGACGCUGAUUAGCCUCCAUCAUAUAGUCAGCUAACUGGACUAACAUAUGAUGGACCCGACAAGGGCCAACGCGAAACCUUUAAGGCUUAUUUCUUUUUCUCGACAUUUUGUUAAUUCUGUUUGGUGAAAUCCAGUUUAAAUGGUAAAAGAAUAUAAAUUUAAGGAUUGGCCUUAAUAUUAUUUGAAUCUUCUGUCACAUUAAAUGAACGCCAUAUAUUUUAAUUAAGUUUAAAUUUACGUUUUUGUGUAGAUAUACGCGUUUCUGGUGAUUUUAGGGGCUCUAAAUUUCAAAAUUUUCCGGGGGAACAUACCCCGGACCCCCUUAGAUAUACUCGCGCCUUCGACGCUCGUUCUGCCCCACCAAUCCAAAAUACGCUCCGCGGUCCCUGUACAUCCUCCGUAAACAAGCGUUUACACUUACACACACACACCAAAUCAUACACCCUUGCACGUAACUAGCUAUAGUUGAUUAAUUUAGACCACUUCUCUGAUGUCUAUAUAUUUUUCUACUUCUAUCUUCUCCUAAUUAAAGAGCUAGCCAGGUAGAAAAUCUUAAAACCGUGGAUUUUAACACCAUGCAAUGCCUUAGAGUACAGAAGCUUUUGCCGAUGAGAAUUAAAUAUUUGAGUAAAAGAAGACCAGUUUUUCAUUACACCAUUCAUAAUUUGAUUUUUGCAAAGAGUUAGAGAUUGUUUAGAAAAUGACUGAUUCAAAGAGAAAUCUAAGACGAAAAGGAAAAAGCAAAGGAACAAGACCGAAAUACAUUCUUGUAUUUAAUCCUAUUUCUUAGGCGGCACGUGUAAUGCCUUUUUUCUCAAACUCAUUAAUAAUUCAUAAAGAAAACUCAAAGGAAAUUAAUGUUUAAUGAGUGUUUGGAUAUCGGAUGAAAAACUGCUCAUUUUUGCAUCCUUAAUUUCUCCUGGAAAAAUGAUUUUGUUUGAGAAGAAAUAUCAAACAUUCGACACAGUGUUUCAUCACCAGAUGAAACACCUCGAAGUUCGUCAAAAAUACUCCGCUACGCGUCGUAUUUUCAACUCUCUUCUCGGUGUUUCAUCUGGUGAUGAAACACUGCGUCUCAUGUUUGAUAUAUUACUUGAAACAUGAAUUUCAUGCUUACCUUCUCAGAUAACCACUGAGUUAAAAAUUUACCUCCUUGGAAAACAAAUAAAACAGAUAUCACAAAUUUCAUGAAGCUAAUUUCUUCACUUCUUCUUCAAUCCAUUUUGUUGGCAACAAUGGCCAAAGCGUACAUAGUAUUUUCCUGAAAUUUUAUCUCAAAUAAUUAUACUGUUUUCUCGAAGAGCUGUAGAUUAGUUGUGAACGUAAGUAUUACAUGUAAAAUCUUGGACGACAUUCUUAUUUCUUCAAGGCUAGUAGCUCGAGUUUAGGUUAGUCUUUGCAUAGGAAGACAUUGCCAUUUUCCAAAACAACCUACAGGAGUAUCAAUAUUAAAAUAAAAGUAUAAAAAGAUAUCAGGAGGAUUUUCAGGUUAAGGACAUUUAUUAUUUUAAAAGCUUUUUAAAGGACAGAGAUAUAACUGAUUUUACAUAGGAUAAAACACUCUUAUUUUUGCUGUUUUUAGUCAUGCGGUGGAGGUAAAAGUAAACAUGAGCAACCCGACAGCACUUCCCGCGUAAAGGAUUGCUUGUGCAAUAAUCACCUUGGAAUGAAAGCUUUAAAAGGCGGUGAUUAUAAAACAGCCCGAUAUAACUUCGAGUUGGCAUUAAAGGAAGCCAGAGAGAUCGGAAAUAAAGAUUCUGAAGGAACUGCAUAUAACAACCUUGGCGGUGCCUACCGCCAUCUCGGUGAUUUGCAGAAAGCAAUCGAGUGUUUUCAGCUGAGUCUAAGUAUCGCAGAAAAGACUGGAAACAAAAAUUCUGAAGGAACUGCAUAUAAAAACCUUGGCGAUGCCUACCGUCAUCUCGGUGAUUUGCAGAAAGCAAUCGAGUGUUUUCAGCUGAGUCUAAGUAUCGCAGAAAAGAAUGGAAACAAAAAUUCUGAAGGAAGAGCAUAUAACAACCUUGGCGCUACCUACCGCGAUCUCGGUGAUUUGCAGAAAGCAAUCGAGUGUUUUCAGCUGAGUCUAAGUAUCGCAGAAAAGACUGGAAACAAAGAUUCUGAAGGAACUGCAUAUAAAAACCUUGGCGAUGCCUACCGUCAUCUCGGUGAUUUGCAGAAAGCAAUCGAGUGUUUUCAGCUGAGUCUAAGUAUCGCAGAAAAGACUGGAAACAAAAAUUCUGAAGGAAGAGCAUAUAACAACCUUGGCCGUGCCUACCGUCAUCUCGGUGAUUUGCAGAAAGCAAUCGAAUGUUUUCAGCUGAGUCUAAGUAUCGCAGAAAAGACUGGAAACAAAAAUUCUGAAGGAAGAGCAUAUAACAACCUUGGCCGUGCCUACCGUCAUCUCGGUGAUUUGCACAAAGCAAUCGAGUGUUUUCAGCUGUGUCUAAGUAUCUCAGAAAAGACUGGAAACAAAAAUUCUGAAGGAACUGCAUAUAAAAGCCUUGGCGGUGCCUACCGUCAUCUCGGUGAUUUGCAGAAAGCAAUCGAGUUUUUUCAGCUGAGUCUAAGUAUCGCAGAAAAGACUGGAAACAAACAUUCUGAAGGAACUGCAUAUAACAACCUUGGCGGUGCCUACCGCGAUCUCGGUGAUUUGCAGAAAGCAAUCGAGUGUUUUCAGCUGAGUCUAAGUAUCUUAGAAAAGACUGGAAACAAAAAUUCUGAAGGAGCUGCAUAUAACAGCCUUGGCGGUGCCUAUCACGAUCUCGGUGAUUUGCAGACAGCAAUCGAGUUUUAUAAGCUGAGUCUAAGUAUCGCAGAAAAGACUGGAAACAAAAAUUCUGAACUAUGUGCAUAUAACAACCUUGCCAAUAGUUUUCUGUGUUGUAGAGACGUCAUUAAAGCCGAGGAGUGUGCUAAAUCCUGUAUAAAACUGGUCGAGGAAAUGAGGGAUCUCCUGCCCGGGAAAGACGAGUGGAAAAUCAGUUUUCGGAAUGUACGUGACAACUGUUAUACUCUUUUAAGGAGAAUUCAAUCACAACAAGGUAGAACCCUUGAGGCACUUUUCACCGCUGAGGCAGGACGAGCACAAGCUCUCAUGGAUCUCAUGGAAUCACGAUAUUGCGUCAGGGAAUCAAUUCCACCGUCGUCAAAACAGCAGAUGGAACAAAUAAUGACAAUUUCAGGACUUGUUUCUUCACCUACGAUUUUUGUAGCAGAAGAUGAAAAACUGGUGAGUUUGUGGUUACUGCUUAAGGGACAGCAGUGUCAUUUUAUCCAAAAGGAGAUCAGUGUUGACUUAAAAUCACUAAUUCAGGAAACGUACCAAAAGAUUGGUGUCAAGGAUCGCUCUCGGGAUGAGCCAAAAGAUGAGAGAGAGAGAGAGAGUGUUGCUCUUAAAACAUUGCAUGACGUGGUUAUCUUUCCAUUUUCACACUUGAUAAAAGGUGACGAACUCAUCAUUGUCCCUGACCGCUCAUCAUUCUUGAUUCCUUAUGUUGCCCUUGUGGACCAGAAUUCCAGGUAUUUGUCUGAAACGAUGAGAAUUCGAUUGGUUCCAUCACUAAGAAGCUUGAGGCUGCUGGCAGAGUGUCCGGAGGACCGCCAUAGUACAUCUGGUGCACUGCUUGUUGGUAAUCCGUGGGUGGAAACUGUACGCAUCAAAGGGUCCAAAUUCCAACCGCUUCCGGGUGCUGAGAAAGAGGUACAAAUGAUUGGACAGAUUCUUAACAUUGAACCUCUCAUUGGUAGGAACGCUACAAAAGAACAAGUUUUGAGUAGGCUCAACUCAGUUUCCUUAGUACACAUUGCAGCUCAUGGUUGUGCAGAAAACGGAGAAAUUAUUUUGUCUCCUAAUCUUGCUUGUGCUAAAAAGCCGAAAGAGGAGGACUUUCGUUUGACAAUGAGAGAUGUUUUGGAUGUACAAUUGCGCGCCAAGCUUGUUGUCUUAAGCUGCUGUUUCAGUGCACGAGGGGAGAUCAAAGCCGAAGGCGUGGUUGGAAUUGCACGUGCCUUUUUAGGAGCCGGUGCACGUUCUGUUAUCGCGUCACUGUGGGCGCUCAGCGACGAAGAGACUUUGGAGUUUAUGAGACAUUUUUACCGACACUUGGUAGCGGGGCAAAGUGCAAGUAAGUCCCUUCAUCAUGCCAUGGAUUGUAUGCGGAAGAUUCAAGAAUUCAAUGCCGUGAAGUACUGGGCGCCAUUCGUGCUGAUUGGGGAUGACGUGACAAUGAAAUUAGGCCAAUGA